AAUGCUGCCUAUUGGACUGAUAUAGUGCGUUUCCAUAACAAAAGCUAGGGAGCUCAUGCGCUAUGGUGCCAGAGAUGUAUAAACCGAUGAUAAACUAGGACAGACAGAUUGGAGCUCCGAAUGAAACAUGGAAAUAUGCUAAAGAACUACACGGGGGAAACAUUUAUUUCCAUCCUUUAUGAUACAUCAGGGUUGCUAAUGACAAAACAUUGGGGCACAUUUGAACAUGACAAACCUGCCCUCUGAUCAGGGCCGGAGGUUUUGACUGCCUUUUAAUACUGAGGGAUAUAUCUGUGGUUGUCCGGGGCGAUGGCAGACAUUCUGGAGCUUCGAACAGACGGGAAUUCUCUCCUGAAGGCGGUAUGGCUCCGACGCCUGAGACUCACCAGGCUCCUGCUGGAGGGGGGCGCAUACAUCAACGAGAGCAACGAACGCGGAGAGACCCCGCUUAUGGUGGCCUGUAUGUCGAAACACAGCGACCAGCAAAGCGUGAGCAAGGCAAAGUUGGUCAAUUACCUGUUGGACAACAAAGCGGACCCCAAUAUACAGGACAAGGCGGGCAGGACAGCUCUGAUGCAUGCCUGCAUCCAGAGGGCGGGACACGAGGUGGUCGCCCAUCUACUCACAAACGGGGCGGACCCCAGCCUGGAGGACAGGAGUGGGGCGUCUGCUCUUGUCUAUGCUAUCAACGCAGAUGAUAAGGAGACCCUCAAGCAUCUUCUGGACGCUUGCAAAGCAAAGGGUAAAGAGGUCAUCAUCAUCACAACCGACAAGUCACCAUCAGGGACCAAAACCACAAAACAGUACCUCAACGUGCCCCCCUCCCCAGAGAUGGACGAGCGCGGCACCCCCACGUUCUGCACCUCUCCCUCUGAUAUUGACCUGAGAGCCUCCCCCACACCUACCUUGCCUGAGCAGCAAAACACUAUCUUCAGUUUUCAGACAAAAUUGAAAACAGCCUCUAGCACAGCCACGAAGCUUCCCAACGGGCCCACCUCACCCACCCGACGCCCGGCCAACCCCAAACGGGCUCGCCUGCCCCAGCUGAAGCGCCUGCAGUCCGAGCCCUGGGGGCUGAUUGCUCCAUCCGUUCUCGCAGCCGCGGCUCACGAGGAGAGCAAAAGGUCCCCCUCGGACGAGGACGUCGUCACAGGCAUCAACGGACUGUCUCUGUCCAAGAGGUCAACUCUGUCUAGACAAAACAGUGUAGAUGGCAAGGAGGGGCUUUUCCCUCUGGUCAGUGACCAGCCCACCAAGAUGACUUCUUCAUUGUCGGUCCCUCCAACUUCCAAAGCGGCGUAUGAGCGCUCUUUGAGCCAGCACCAGCCCCUGGCACGACGCAGCACAAUCCCAACGGAGCAUGACGGCAGUAACACCAGUGGACCUGCUAGUCUGAGAGACACAGUCCACAGAAGAAGGCUGGGCACUGAUCACUAUGACUCCGACUCACAGCUGUAUUCUGACUCUGGCAUGAUAGACUCUCCAAAAGUUCCCCUUGAGCGGAGGAAACUCAACACGUCUCCUCUGGCCCUGCUGACCAGCUCCAGGGAGUCUCUGGACAGCAACGCGAGCACUUCCUCUCCCAGCACAGCCCGCCGCCGUGCCCCUGGCCUCCUGGAGAGGCGGGGCUCAGGGACUCUGCUGCUGGACUACAUUUCCCAUACCCGUCCUGGCCACCUGCCCCCUCUCAACGUGAACCCUAACCCUCCCAUCCCUGACAUUGGGGCCAGCAGCAAGCCCUCAUCUCCUCUGGCUACAGGAUUCAGAUCAAUAGCUCCAGUAGCACCAACCUCACCAAAGAGAGGCAACCUCAAGACCAAGAAGAAACUUAUUAGAAGGCACUCUAUGCAAGUGGAGCAAAUGAAACAACUUUCUACUUUUGAGGAAGUGGCCCAGCAGUGAUAGCACUCUGUGUUUAUGUGUUGCAUUUACGCCUGAGUUUUCUGAUCCUGAUGGCAAAAUUCAAUUUGAAAUGGUUAUGGAUGUUGUUUAAUUAUCAAUCAUUUACCACCAA